AAUUAAAAUAGAAUCUGUCACAUCUUAUCUUAUCACAUCGUCGUACAGUUAAACUCGGCAGCAGACUCGAAGUUUCGACCACUUGCUAAUUGUUCUGAUCAUUUGAGUAUACACGUUCCGUUACCAGCAUCUGCCGAGAGCCGGAGUAUAAUUUUUGCAGUCAGUCGUACUUCCAGACAUGAUCAGUGCACUGUUAGUCGGCUGCUUCAUCUUCGUGUCUGUUAUAAACACUCAGACUAUUGACUGGGAUAAAUCCUUGGAAGAAAAUGCAGCUUUGGAGAGUAACUCGUUUAAUUCCAGUUCCAAUCAUCAGGGAAGGUUUUUCCCGUUCUUCAGUGUCGUGCGCUUUGCCAACUCCGAAUGCUUAUCAGGCGCCGAUCAGCUCAAUGGCACAUGCUUCACGAGACGGGAAUGUAUUAAUUACGGAGGUAGUCCUUCCGGAUCGUGCGCUAACGGAUUGGGCACUUGUUGCGUGUUCCAAAAAUCUUGCGGCUCCACCACUAACAUUAACAACACAUACUUCGUAAGCCCGAGAUAUCCCAUUACUUAUCGAGGAGGAGAACGAUGCACGAUUACGGUGCAACGUUGCAAUUCCAACAUUUGUCAGUUGCGGUUGGACUUUUUGGAGGCCACUUGGGCUCAACCCAACGCGACCGGAUUUUGCGAUCUCGAUGUGUUUCUGGUGUCUGGAGGCUCGUCCACGGUGCCGAGAAUAUGCGGAGAAAACACUAACCAGCAUGUAUACGUUGAUUUCAAUGGAGCGACGCCGAUCACGAUAUCCAUCGAUACCAGCGCGGAUUACGCAUUCGAUCGACGGUGGAACAUAAGAAUUCAGCAAAUAGCGUGCGAUUCUGUGUGUAAAGCUCCUAAUGGUUGUUUGCAAUAUUACAAGACUAUCUCCGACACUGUAAUGAGUUUCAACUUUGGUACAACAGAAAAUGUUCGAGCUCCUCAAAUUGGAACGCGGCAGAUGGUGAAUCAUCGUUACGGCGUAUGCGUUAGAAUGGCUUUGGGAUAUUGUAGUAUCGAAUGGUCGCAAGUAGAUAGAUUCUCCUUCUCCGUUUCCGAUGAUACAGGAUCGUCCGAUCCAGACAUAAUAGGUACAGACUUGGUGGCAGAAUCAGGCGCAAACUGUACGAGCGAUUUUGUAAUUAUACCCGAUCCGCUUGAGAAUGGCACUCCUGUCAAUACAGACAGGUUUUGCGGAAAUGGAUUCAUAACUAAAACAUCGAAUUUGAAGCCGUUCGUACUUUAUGUCGUUACAAACGGCGACGAGACGUCACUAAUGAUGAUGACGGACGUCCAAAAUAAAGGUUUCGCACUUAUGUUCCGUCAGCUACCUUGCGCAGCUUAAGUACAUAUUUUUAUGCAUUAGAAGGAAAUAUAUGUAUUACGAAUUCCAAUAGAAAAUAAAUAUGCAUAU